AUGGCUAACUUUACUUCGCAAGAAGUUACUGCACUUCAAGAAGGAGGGAAUCAGCGUGCAAGAAAUGUUUAUUUUAAAGAAUGGGAUGGACAACAGCAUUCUUUCCCUGACAGUGACAUUAGUUUUGGCAUUAGUUUUCUUCCAUUUCCAACUCCUGGCCAUAUGAUUCCUAUGAUAGACACAGCAAGGCUAUUUGCCAAACAAGGUGUUAAUGUAACCAUCAUCGCCACACAUGCCAAUGCUUCAACCUUCCAAAAAACCAUUGACACUGACUUCAGUUCAGGAUACUCCAUCAAAACUCGGCUUAUUCAGUUCCCUUCAGCUCAAGUUGGUCUCUCUGAUGGUGUUGAGAACAUCAAAGAUGGCACUUCUCUUGAAAUGCUUGGUAAAAUCAGCCAUGGAAUAUGGAUGCUCCAAAAUCCAAUCGAGGUACUGUUUCAAGAUCUUCAACCAGAUUGCAUAGUCACUGAUAUGAUGUAUGCUUGGACUGCGGAAGCAGCUCAAAAACUAAACAUUCCAAGGAUUUACUAUUACAGCUCAAGCUAUUUCUCCAACUGUGCAGCUCACUUUAUCAUGAAGUAUAGACCACAUGAUAAUUUAGUUUCUGAUACGCAAAAAUUCAAAAUUCCUGGUUUGCCUCAUACCAUUGAGAUGACCCCUCUGCAGAUUCCUGAUUGGGUAAGGGAGAAGAAUGCCGCCACAGCCUAUUUUGAACCAAUGUUCAAAUCUGAGGUAAGAAGCUAUGGGACACUAUACAAUAGUUUUCAUGAACUUGAAAGUGAAUAUGAGAAGCUUAGUAAAACUAGAAUGGGGAUCAAAUCAUGGAGUGUUGGACCAGUUUCUGCUUGGGCUAACAAGGAUAAUGAAAGAAAGGUCAAUAGGGGACAAAUAGAGGAGCUUGGAAAAGAGGCAGAGUGGCUAAAUUGGCUUAACUCAAAGCAAAAUGAGUCUGUACUUUAUGUAAGUUUUGGAAGCCUAACUAGACUCCCUCUCUGUGUUGUUUGUGAGCGUUAUGAUGUCUUUGUGUUGACGGAUAUUCGUGAUUUUGAGUAG